CUUCAAGUAAAGUGCAUGCAACCUCUAAGUAACGUGUUACCAUGUACAAUAUGUGCUGUUCCACUGAGUGUUUAUAAUGUGUUGUGACCAGUACUUUUACAAAUACUAUUAACUUAUAAUACUUAAAACACCUUGUUACAAGUUGUUAUGCAUGUUAAUUAUUGUAUUUUCCAGGAAUGAGUUCAAAAGGAGCUGAGACAGCCCGAAGGUAUCGAGAACGCAGGAAUGCUGACCAACAGAGAAGAGAGCAAUACCUUGAGAAAGAGAGGGAGAAAUGGAAGAGAGACAGGGAGACUGGAAAGAAGAAGGGCAUCAAUGAGAUAAGUGAGAGAGAAAAACGGGCGAAAAGAAAGAAGUGGAGAGAGGCAAAACAAAAAGUCAGAGCCAGAAACAAGGGCAGUGCUUUGCAACAGUCGGAGACACCACCCGCGACACCACCCAGCUCCUCUACUGAAAAUCAGCCUGAGCCAGGGCCCUCCAGGCAACAGCGUCAAGGGGAAAGAAUUCGAAGGAGAACAAAGCAGAAACUGAAACAACGGAUUGAAGAAUUGGAGGCGCAAAUCCAAAAAGUUAAGAGCAAAGCUGAAAAAUAUAAGAAGAGGUACUAUAGAGCCAAGGAAGGAAGUUCAUCGAAAUCACCGCGUGCAAGAGUCAAGGCCAUGUUGGGACGUCAAAAUGUGAAUUCCACCGUCAAAAGAGCUCUUCUUUUCAAUCAAUCAAUUAUUGAAAACAUUAGAACAAAAUAUGGCACUGCAAAAACAAACAGAGACAAGCAGUUAAUCACAAAAGUCCUCAGUGGAAACAUUCUCAGAAAAUACAAGCUCCAAAAGUAUGCCAGGGAAUCCUUCGGCUACUCAAAGAAGAGAGAUCCGUAUACUGAGGAUCUAACCUACCAUGCGAGGAGGUGCAGUAGACUUCGUAGUGAGAUUAUGAAGACCACUACAUCAUUCUUUCUCAGAGAUGAUGUCAGUCGAAUGACAACAGGCCGGAAACAAACAGUCACGCGACUGAAGAAAAGGAUGCAGAAGAGGUUGCUUACCGAUACAAUGAAGAACUUGCAUAGGAAGUUUCUCUCUGAGCACAUUGGCGACGUGUCAUACACCACCUUUUGUCGUCUCAGACCCUUUUGGGUGGUAACCCCCUCGUCCUCUGACCGUGACACAUGUCUCUGCAAAAGACAUGAGAACUUGCAAUUCAUGGCUAAUGCCUUGCAGAGCCAAGGGUUGCUGUCCUCAAGAAACAUUGAAGAAAUGUCUGAAGCAACCAUGUGUGACACGAAAGCCAAGACUUGUGCUUAUGGUGAGUGUGGUGAAUGCCUCCUAACUUGUUACCCAACUCUGAAAACCCCUGGGGAAGAGAUCAUUGGUUUGUCUCAGUGGAUGUCAGAGAAGGUCACGAAGGAUGAGAAGGUGUCCACAGUCACAGUGAAAAGGGAGAUAACAAAAACAGAGCAGGACCUUAACACGGAAUUCCAGGAAAGGCUUCUCCUGUUUAGGCGCCAUGUUUUCAAUAUUAAAUGGCAGUUUAAUGCCUACAGAGAGCUCAGGACGAGCUUGAAGAACAGUGAGUGCCUGGUGCACAUAGAUUUCAGCGAAAACUACUCAUGCAAGUAUUCCCAAGAAAUACAAUCUGUGCAUUUCGGAGGCUCACACCAGCAGGCCAGUUUGCACACUGGAGUGCUCUACACCGCUGGUGAACAAGCACCGCACACAUUUUGUUCCAUAUCACCCUCCAGAAGACACGACCCUGUGGCCAUCUGGGCCCACCUUGAUCCUGUUCUGAAGGUGGUGAGAGAACGACACCCUCAACGGCGCGGCGUCUCUUUUGGCGCCUUCGUGCAGCAGCAGCAACACUCCUGCAACACUCCUCCAGCAGCUGCACCUCAGGCUCUCAGGCAACUCCCAGGCCAGGCCUGA